UGGGACAAAACGCCUACGCGCUGGCGUCACUUCCUCCUGCCAGGCGUGGAGCGGGAUGGCGGAAGCGGAGGAGCAGCUGACCUCCUCGCCUCAGAGCGAGGGCCGCGGCGAGGGCGGGGAGGACGCCCCGGAGGGUGCGGGUGCCGGCGCAGGCGCGGCGGGGGCUGCCGACGCUGCCCUGCCUCCCGCCGGCUCGCCGGGCACCGAGGAGCCCGCGGGCGACACCAAAAAGAAAAUUGACGUCCUGCUGAAGGCCGUGGGCGACACCCCCAUCAUGAAGACGAAGAAGUGGGCCGUGGAGCGGACACGCACCAUCCAGGGCCUCGUCGACUUCAUCAAGAAGUUCCUCAAGCUGAUGGCCUCCGAGCAGCUGUUCAUAUAUGUAAACCAGUCUUUUGCUCCAUCUCCAGACCAAGAAGUUGGGACCCUCUAUGAGUGUUUUGGAAGCGAUGGCAAGCUUGUACUGCAUUAUUGCAAAACUCAGGCAUGGGGAUGAAUGACAAGCAAUACAGUUAUUUAGGUGUUGUCUUCAAAAAUGGAAAAGGCGCUAUCUUUCUUAAACUCAACCUGUAAACACACACAAAGAAGGAAUUUUGCAUUUCUGCAUAUGACUACAUUUAUAAAAAUAUGCAUAUGACAGCAUAAAAGAAGAGCUAUCUAGGCUAUCUGAUCAUGUAGCUUUUUUCUGAUGUGCAUCUGGGGUACAGAAAGAAAAUAUGCAUCUGCCAUCGGUAGAGCAGAGCCAGCAUUCUUGCUGCCGAGUUCUCAGUUGCUGUAUCUGAGGGGGAACUAUUUCAUAGUUGUCUGGAGGACUGGGCAGGUCUGUCACUCUCUAUGAUGUACUGAAGAUAAAAGUUCCUUUUUAUUAAAAGGGACGUUUAUUGUACAUGUAGCCUGGGAUUUUGUUUAUUUCUGAUGUGUUGUACAUCUGUUACGUGCAUUCUGUUCUUUAUGAAGGCUUCAUCUUGAACAUGCAUUAUCUCAUGUCAUUGCAAGACAGUGUUUUGAUUUUUUUCUUAUAACUAAUGUGUAGGUAUUGAUGUAUAAUCUAAUUACUUCACCCCGUGCCUUCAUCGUGUUAGUAUUGUAAGUGUUUAUUGAAGGCUGAAUGCUUCAGCGGUUGCCAAUGUGUUUAUUCUGGCACUGUUUCAUGACUAGUGUCAUUAGUCAAAUCAUGAAACUAGCUAUUGCAUCUUUCAGUUAAUGAAGACAUAGACAUGAAGGGCUAAAAAGCCUACACCAUAUAGUCUUCUUUGAGCUGCUGUUAUUGUCCUGUUUCACCAGCUACAUGUUCCAUGAACAAAAUAGAAUGUACUUUAUAUCCUUUUGCUAAGUCAUAACAUAAUGAGGAUUCCUCUUUUUUUUUUUUUUUUUAAAUCCUGGAGGGAACUUGAUACCUUUACUGGGCUAGAUCUUUGCUUUUAUUUAUUGGAGGGUUUGGGUGCAGGGGUGGUUUUUUUGGGUUUAUUUUAAAUGUCUGUUGUACAGUCUUUUAUGUUGGUUUAACCUGUACUAAAUUAAACGUUAGCUGUUUGCUUGCAAAGUGUUGUUAUGCUGGAUGGCAGUUUUAAUCCCUGACAUAAUCCACUUCUUCAGCACAUACAGGCAAAACAGCCUGUUCUAGUUUAAAGCAUGCUGUACGUCAGUCUUUAGCUGUUCAUUGCUCCUUCACGUAUAAGUGGCUCUUAUGUGGCCUCUGCAACCUGUGUAUUUGAUUGUUUGCACCCUUAGAGGACUUCUGGGGAACAAAUACACAGCUUAACUUACUGAUGUGGCUGCAGAUUGCAUGCAGCCUGCAUUUAUGGCACAGCAACACAGGUGCAUGCCCUGAAUGCUUGCUGCAUAAAUCGCUUGAUAUAUUUUACCACUUCUUAAGUGGAAAACCUGGAUAUGUUGGAUUAAGUUGACAAGGCAGAACUGGUUGUCAGUUUAAACACUUCAGAUAAUCCAUACUUGUGCCUGCUCAGAACCCCAAUCUCAUGACUCUUUGUUUAAGAGAACUACUGCAGAGGUAAGCACUCUGAUUCUGUCUUCUCAAGGAACUUGCCGUGACUGACUUGGCUCAGUCACUGUGAGGCCAGCAUAACCUUGCACAGCCACUAGAGGGUACACAAGGACAAAGGUACUUGCAUAGUUUUUCCUAGAUUUUUUUUUUCCAGUCUUUUUCAUAAUAUGUCCGCUUGCUGGCCUUACAAAUAUAAGUAGUUUGUUCUCAUGUGUGGCAGUAUGUUUACCUAAGAUAAGCUGCUGCUCUGGCUCUUGUUAAAGAAUGUUCUGUUGGUGCCUUUCACCUCAUUUGAUCUUAACAAAUGAAACUAGUGAUACACUGCAAACAUGCUCUUCAGAAGUGAUGCAGUAAGGUUGGUUUGUAUAUGUGCGCUAUGGGAGCAUUUUGUGUUUUGGUUUUUUU